GAGGUUCCAGCCUUCGGGGGUUGACGUCGAGCCAGCCUCCCCAGCUGAGGGAGCCCCGCCCCCGCUCCUCCAUCGCGGCCCCGCCCAGGCCCGCAGCGCGGCGCUGCAGCGCGAGGGGCGGAGAGGCAGCGCGCCCGAGAGGACCAGACGCCCAGGUCUCCCGCAUCCCGCUGCCGCAGGAGAGAGACAGCGCGCCCCGGCCCUGCUCCCCAGGCUUCGCCCGGGCGCCCUCAACUCUGCCCCCAGAGACUGAGCACCUGUCCUCCGCCUCAGUCUUAGCUGAGAGACCUCUUCUCUGGAGCACACACCACCCCUGCAGCCCGAGAAGUGUUCCAGCUCCACGCCGGCGACCACCAUGGCGGAGACCAACAACGAAUGUAGCAUCAAGGUGCUCUGCCGAUUCCGGCCCCUAAACCAGGCUGAGAUUCUGCGGGGAGACAAGUUCAUCCCCAUUUUCCAAGGGGACGACAGCGUCGUUAUUGGGGGGAAGCCAUAUGUUUUUGACCGUGUAUUCCCCCCAAACACGACUCAGGAGCAAGUUUAUCAUGCAUGUGCCAUGCAGAUUGUCAAAGAUGUCCUUGCUGGCUACAAUGGCACCAUUUUUGCUUAUGGACAGACAUCCUCAGGGAAAACACAUACCAUGGAGGGAAAGCUGCACGACCCCCAGCUGAUGGGAAUCAUUCCUCGAAUUGCCCGAGACAUCUUCAACCACAUCUACUCCAUGGAUGAGAACCUUGAGUUCCACAUCAAGGUUUCUUACUUUGAAAUUUACCUGGACAAAAUUCGUGACCUUCUAGAUGUGACCAAGACAAAUCUGUCUGUGCAUGAGGACAAGAACCGUGUGCCAUUUGUCAAGGGUUGUACUGAACGCUUUGUGUCCAGCCCGGAGGAGAUUCUGGAUGUGAUUGAUGAAGGGAAAUCAAAUCGUCAUGUGGCUGUUACCAACAUGAAUGAACAUAGCUCUCGGAGCCACAGCAUCUUCCUCAUCAACAUCAAGCAGGAGAACAUGGAAACGGAGCAGAAGCUCAGUGGGAAGCUGUAUCUGGUGGACCUGGCAGGGAGUGAGAAGGUCAGCAAGACUGGAGCAGAGGGAGCCGUGCUGGAUGAGGCAAAGAAUAUCAACAAGUCACUGUCAGCUCUGGGCAAUGUGAUCUCUGCACUGGCUGAGGGCACUAAAAGCUAUGUUCCAUAUCGUGAUAGCAAAAUGACAAGGAUUCUCCAGGACUCUCUUGGGGGAAACUGCCGGACGACUAUGUUCAUCUGUUGCUCACCGUCCAGUUACAAUGAUGCAGAGACCAAAUCCACCCUGAUGUUUGGGCAGCGGGCAAAGACCAUUAAGAACACUGCCUCAGUAAAUCUGGAGUUGACUGCUGAGCAGUGGAAGAAGAAAUAUGAGAAGGAGAAGGAGAAGACAAAGGCCCAGAAGGAGACGAUUGCGAAGCUAGAGGCUGAGCUGAGCCGGUGGCGCAAUGGAGAGAAUGUGCCUGAGACGGAGCGCCUGGCUGGGGAGGAGGCAGCCCUGGGAGCUGAGCUCUGUGAGGAGACCCCUGUGAAUGACAACUCAUCCAUCGUGGUGCGCAUUGCACCUGAAGAGCGGCAGAAAUACGAGGAGGAGAUCCGCCGCCUCUAUAAGCAGCUUGACGACAAGGAUGAUGAAAUCAACCAGCAAAGCCAACUCAUAGAGAAGCUCAAGCAGCAAAUGCUGGACCAGGAAGAGCUGCUGGUGUCCACCCGAGGAGACAACGAGAAGGUCCAGCGGGAGCUGAACCACCUGCAAUCAGAGAACGAUGCCGCUAAGGAUGAAGUGAAGGAAGUGCUGCAGGCCCUGGAGGAGCUGGCUGUGAACUAUGACCAGAAGUCCCAGGAGGUGGAGGAGAAGAGCCAGCAGAACCAGCUUCUGGUGGAUGAGCUGUCUCAGAAGGUGGCCACCAUGCUGUCCCUGGAGUCUGAGUUGCAGCGGCUACAGGAGGUCAGUGGACACCAGCGAAAACGAAUUGCUGAGGUGCUGAACGGGCUGAUGAAGGAUCUGAGCGAGUUCAGCGUCAUUGUGGGCAACGGGGAGAUUAAGCUGCCAGUGGAGAUCAGUGGGGCCAUCGAGGAGGAGUUCACUGUGGCCCGACUCUACAUCAGCAAAAUCAAGUCAGAAGUCAAGUCUGUGGUCAAGCGGUGCCGGCAGCUGGAGAACCUCCAGGUGGAAUGUCACCGCAAGAUGGAAGUGACUGGGCGGGAGCUCUCAUCCUGCCAGCUCCUCAUCUCUCAGCACGAGGCCAAGAUCCGCUCACUUACAGAAUACAUGCAGAGCGUGGAGCUAAAGAAGCGGCACCUGGAAGAGUCCUAUGACUCCUUGAGUGACGAGCUGGCCAAGCUCCAGGCCCAGGAAACUGUGCAUGAAGUGGCCCUGAAGGACAAGGAACCUGAUACCCAGGAUGCAGAUGAAGUGAAGAAGGCUCUGGAGCUGCAGAUGGAGAGUCACCGGGAGGCCCAUCACCGGCAGCUGGCCCGGCUCCGGGACGAGAUCAACGAGAAGCAGAAGACCAUUGAUGAGCUCAAAGACCUAAAUCAGAAGCUCCAGUUAGAGCUAGAGAAGCUUCAGGCUGACUACGAGAAGCUGAAGAGUGAAGAACAUGAGAAGAGCACCAAGCUGCAGGAGCUGACAUUUCUGUACGAGCGACAUGAACAGUCCAAGCAGGACCUCAAGGGUCUGGAGGAGACAGUUGCCCGGGAACUCCAGACCCUCCACAACCUUCGCAAGCUGUUCGUUCAAGACGUCACGACUCGAGUCAAGAAAAGUGCAGAAAUGGAGCCCGAAGACAGUGGGGGGAUUCACUCCCAAAAGCAGAAGAUUUCCUUUCUUGAGAACAACCUGGAACAGCUUACAAAGGUUCACAAACAGCUGGUACGUGACAAUGCAGAUCUGCGUUGUGAGCUUCCUAAAUUGGAAAAACGACUUAGGGCUACGGCUGAGAGAGUUAAGGCCUUGGAGGGUGCACUGAAGGAGGCCAAGGAGGGCGCCAUGAAGGACAAGCGCCGGUACCAGCAGGAGGUGGACCGCAUCAAGGAGGCCGUUCGCUACAAGAGCUCGGGCAAACGGGGCCAUUCUGCCCAGAUUGCCAAACCUGUCCGGCCUGGCCACUACCCAGCGUCCUCACCCACCAACCCCUAUGGCACCCGGAGCCCUGAGUGCAUCAGUUACACCAACAGCCUCUUCCAGAACUACCAGAAUCUCUACCUGCAGGCCACACCCAGCUCCACCUCAGAUAUGUACUUUGCCAACUCCUGUACCAGCAGUGGAGCCACGUCUUCUGGCGGCCCCUUGGCUUCCUACCAGAAGGCCAACAUGGACAAUGGAAAUGCCACAGAUAUCAAUGACAAUAGGAGUGACCUGCCGUGUGGCUAUGAGGCUGAGGACCAGGCCAAGCUUUUCCCUCUCCACCAAGAGACAGCAGCCAGCUAAUCUUCCACACCCACGGCUGCAUACCUGCACUUUCAGGUAGCGUCAGGCUGCUUCCUCGGACCAGCCUCAGGUUGCUUCCCUUCUUGCUGACAGCCUCUUUGGUUCUCCGGCUUCGUCUUUCUUUCUUUUUUUUUUUUUUUUUUUUUUUACCACCUCAAAACUUUUACUAUGUAGUUACCCCUCAACUCCUGCCUCCUGCUUUCCCCUGCUGGGGGCUACGCCUGCGUGGCCCCAUGUAAUCUGGACACUGACCUCCCGUGCCCCCUUUUGCUUUCCCUUAGGCUACAGCGGUAACCACAGUACUGUCUUUGUGCCACUAGGGGUCACUGUCAUACGUCCAAAGAAGUGAGCUUGGCCGCUGUAGAUGAGAGCCACACAGGGGUGGUAGACCGCAAAGCUAUCAAGAGACCCUGGGGGGCCAUCUGAACCCCACCUCUUCCUCCACCCUGAAAUAAUUUUGGAUAGAUAGGUGUUUUUGGAACCAAGACAUCUCCAGCUAAGGCGAUGUUUGUCCCAUCCUGUGUCCUGCACCUGUGUCCCAUCCUCCUCCCAUCUGUAUACACCACCAGUAAGCUUUAGGAAGCGGCCCACGAAGUCAGUCAGCGCUCCCCUCCCAUCUUGCUCAGUGGAGGUGGAAAAGCCCCUCUUUUUCCUCAUCUGUCCCCAGGUGCUCUCCUCUAGCAGCACAGGAACCUUCUUUGUUCUUGUGUGUCAUCAGGUUUCUCACUAAGGUUGCUUUAGGGCCCAGAAGUGGCACAGAGAACAUGGCCAGUCUCUUACUGCGCUGAAUCUAAGCUGACGCCUCUCCAGGGGUUUCCCAGAAUAGUAAAUCGGGCACACACAGACAGAAAAGCCUGAGAAGCAGAGAAGCAGGAAUGUGGAAGAGGAGUUGGGGAGGCCUAGGGAUGGAGGUGCAAGCCUGGGUUGUUGGGGGCAGUGGUAGGGGGGUCUGCUUGUUGGUGUUAGAGGAACAGGACAGUAAACCAAAGUGUGUGUAGAUGCCACCUGUUCCUGUUCUCUGGCUGAGCUACAAGCUGGGCCCUCACACCCUCUUUCUCUUUCUUUCCCAGUUUCUAAGAGGGACUGAGGCCUCUUCUCUCAGCAUGCUGCAAACCUGUGGUCUCUGAUACUAACUCCCUCCCCAACCCCUGUUGUUGGACUGUACUAUGUUUGAUGUCUUCUCUUACUUACUCUGUAUCUCUUUGUACUCUGUAUCUAUAUAUCAAAAGCUGCUGCUAUGUCUCUCUUCUGUUUUAUUCUCUAAGUAUCUACUGAUGUAUUUAGCAAUUUCAAAGCAUAGUCUACCUUCCUUAUUUGGGGCAAUAGGGAGGAGGGUGAAUGUUUCUUCUUUCUCAUCUACUCGUCUCACACUGAGUGGUGUUAGUCACUGAGUAGAGGUCACAGAGAUGACAAAAGGAAAAAUGGGAGCUAGAGGGCUGUGACUCUUCACACAUACACGCGCACACACAAACAUGCACACACAUGCACACACGCACACAAAGCCUUAAGCAGAAGAAUGUCUUAGCAUCAUAAGACAGAGAAAUAAACUCUUCCUCCCUCCUCUUUCACAUAUAGCACAGGGGAAGGUAAAAUGGAAGGGCUGCUAAUUGAGACAUAUAAUUUUCUUCAUACACCCCUCACCUUAAUCAAAGGAUUCAGGUGUUUACCUGUGCCCUACAAAGUCUGCCUUUUGCCUCCCUCUUCCUGUUUUCCCCUGGACUGAGAAAUGGGUUGCUCACGGGACCAUUUCCCUUUUUCUUCAAAGCUUCUUUUGAUAUUCCCGGCCCCAGAGCUCGUGACCAGAACUCAGAGCUGAUUUAAAAUAUUUGGAAAAAUGGAGGAGGCAGACUGCUCCCAGCAGCCAGUCAGGGGCUGCUCAUCUCUCCAUGGAGAUGGUUACAGGCAGGUGUAGUCAAAAUGAUUGAUUCCUUAGGUUUGUGGGUGAAUAGGCUGGGAAAUUUCUGAGUCUUUUUUUUUUGGUCACAGUGCCCUCAAGUGGAAGCGAUGAGCUGGAUUUCUUUCUCAUUCCAUACUGGGCGGCAUGCUCCUCCCAUCUCCACCUUUGGUUUGGGGGCUUCCAGCUCAUUGGCAAAAUCUCUCUCUCUAGUUGCCGUCCUUUCAAGCUGGAGCCUGACUUUUCCCCAAUAUACAUUUUUUUUUCUCCACAAAGAGUUCCUUCUCUGAUGUCCCCAUCUGGUAUUAAGUGCACUUUAAAGAAAGGGGCAGGGUGGAUUUUCAAGAGGCGGGGAGCUCUAAGGCUUGACCCUGAGGGCUCUUCUCCCAGCCAUUCUCAGCCCAUAUGCAGCACCCCCCACACCGAAGAGGACUAUUGUUUUAGUUUCACAUGGUCCUUUCCUUCCACAUGGUGCUAAGGUGGUUUUCUAGGUAACUGCAGGGAUGGAGGUCACUAGCCAGUCCAAACCAGGAGAGAAAGUCUGGUGUCCUGAUAUCCAGUCUUUUCUAGGAGGAAGACCAAGAUUCUCCAGCAGCAGGGCAGCCUAUCACCCAGCUUCUUAAGUCAGGAAAGGAAGCUGAGUGGGAAUGCCAGCCAGUAAGCGCAGGCUGCACUGGCCCAUGACUCCUUCAAGGGAAAGAGGCCCUGCUCCCUUUACCUGCUGAGCUCCUUUUAGCAGUUAGGGAGAACUGCAGGGGGAAAAAUACCAGUGGAGUGUGGAAUAAAUCCAAAGCAGUGAUUAUUUUUAAACGCUUUUCAAAACAAAUCUUACAUAUAACCCCAAUAUAAAAAAUAAAGGAAUGCAGACCUGGACAGUUUGCACUUUCUUUUUUUGGUGGAAGAAUCCUCAGGGUCUCUUAGGACUGACUGUUCAAAGCCUCCUCAGCGAAUGAGCCCUGGAACAGUCCUACAAGACCCUGAGGAUUCUGUGGAGUAGUUUGAAAACCAUUGUUCUGAGGAAGGCGGUCCAAUCUGGCUCCUCACACUAAAGCUGCAACUCACGGAAAAGAGGGCAACAGUGGGGUAGACAAGCCACGCUGUCUCCAGACCCACUAGGGUAGAAGGAAGGUUCCUGUGGGCCUGUGGACUUAGGCUAAUAUUUGCUGCCAGCAGGGCACUUAAGAAUCCAGGGGGUUUUAUGUAAUGUUGCCACCACAUGGUUCUUUUAAAAACACGUAAGAAAAUGUGAGGGUGUAGCGCAGAUGAGGAGAGAGAUGACACAGAGGGAGCAGCCUUCUCUUUAGCAAGAUGUAAGGAAAAUAUAAUUCACUUACAUAAAAAAGAAACAACACACACGCAAACCCUUCACCAGAAGCUUCACACUACAUCCUCCUCCUCCUCCUCCUGCUCCCUACCUUCGCCGCAUCCCUUUCAGAGCCAGGGUCACUGCAAGGGGCGCCUGGCCUGCCCACUCACAUCUGCCAAAAUUUUGCAUGCCAGCGUGGAAGACAAACCAAACUGCACAACCCCCUGUGUGUAUUUACUUGGUGUACAUAGAUAUCUUUAAAAUAAAAUAAAUUCAUUGAUGACUCUA